AUGCCUCCCGCUAGAUCGGUUCGCACGCAGCGACUGGUUUCGAACGAGAAUGAUGAGAACAGUGGCUCUACGCGCAUGACGCGCGCCAAAGCCGCCGCGCAAGGCAUCGACGAGCCCAAAAAGGUGCUCCAGACCAAAAAGUCCGCCCUGACUGUGAACGCCCAGGGCAUCCAGAGGAAGCGCGGCGCGCUUGAGGAUGUGAGCAACGUGGGAAAGAUAAGCAACGUGGAAGGCAAGAAGGCAGCUAGCAAAGGCAGCCUCGUAUCCAAGGUCGCCCAACCUACCGGCAUUCAGAAGCAACACUCCCGCGCCACCUCAACGCGUCCCGUCCAUGGCACGAAGGACUUGAAAAAGCCUGAUGCGAAGCGAAGCGGCUCUGGAUCCAUAGCCGCCGUCCCGAAACGCAAGGUUCCCUCGACAACUGGAUCUUCCUUGAAGGAAGCCACGCCUGUCGACGAUGGCGAGCCUGCCCUGAAGAAGCGCGUUCGCGCCGAGGACAGGGUUGAGCUCGUUGACGCCAGCGCGCCUACCGUCGACGUCGAGCCUGGCGCCGCCGCCGAGCCCAGCCUGCCCGCCGGAGUGAAGGACCUCGACAGCGAAGAUCUCGACGACCCCCUCAUGGUUGCCGAGUACGCCAACGAAAUCUUUGAGUAUCUGCGGGACCUGGAGUGCAAGUCUGUCGUUCAGUUGGACCGCCUGCAGCUGGUCGGCGUUACAGCCAUGUUUAUUGCGGCCAAAUAUGAGGAGGUUAUGUCUCCUCAUGUUGGUAACUUCCGCAAGAUUGCGGACGACGGUUUCACCGAGGGCGAAAUUCUUAGUGCCGAACAAUUCCUGCUCAGCACGCUCAACUACGACCUCAGCUACCCGAACCCCAUGAACUUCCUUCGACGCAUCUCCAAGGCCGAUAACUACGACAUCCAGUGUCGCACCAUUGGCAAAUAUCUUACCGAGAUCAGCCUUCUUGACCACCGCUUCCUGGCCUACCGCCCCAGCCACGUCGCCGCCGGUGCUAUGUACUUGGCUCGUAUGAUCCUGGACCGUGGCGAAUGGGACGAAACCAUUGCCUACUACGCCGGAUACACCGAGGAGGAGGUCGAGCCUGUUGCUCACUUGAUGGUCGACUACCUCGCACGUCCUGUCGUUCAUGAAGCCUUUUUCAAGAAGUACGCUAGCAAAAAGUUCCUCAAGGCCUCAAUCCUGACCCGCUCGUGGGCGAAGAGAAUGGCCGCCCACUUCGGCAUCACGGACACACACCUCUCUUUGGAUCAGAUCUCGACACGCGAAGACGACAGUCACUACGGUCAAUACUAA